AUGUCAAUGAACAAUUACACUAAAGCUAUCCCUUUGCACACUUCGUUUGACGUACUCUCCGGGAUAGAUAUUAGUGAUGCCUUGAGUCAGGGGGUAGUGAACAAAAAUGCCAUGGGAAAAAAAACGGUAUACGAUCAAUUGACACCAGCAUUGAUACCCUUACUUGGAAGGCACGCCUUGGCAUCACACCGGCUUAUCUGGUGUAACACUCGGAGCAACGACGAUGCUACUAAAAAGGCACGGGAAUGCUUCGUCUCGUUCAAGUCCGACAUUCCUGUGGCCAUGGCAUAUGCGCAUAACAAAUUUAUCUCAACCCGUAUGCGAGGUGCAUUCAUUAUGAAUGUGGAUGUUCCAUUCGGUUUAAGUGAUUAUAUGGUCGGGGAAGAGCGAUUCAACUGGAUAACUUUUCCAGAAGCCCAGCUUACUCUAUGUGUUAAGUUGCAAGAGGCCAUCAAAGCAUACGAUCCUUCUCGUGCAUUCGUGCUCGUCGUUUACGCCCUAUCUCCCGACCAACUUUCGGCUGCACUAUGGGUCUGGACCUACACCGAUCACUCUAGAGGUGACCCACCAAACUUAAUAAAACUACGCACUCGAGUCCGUGAAAUAUUAAAGGAUACCAAACGGAGCGAAAGGCAUAUGUACCAAAUACAGAAAGAUCAAAACGACCCGUAG